AUGCAACAUCAAUUUUAGAUUAUUGUUGAAAACAACUAAAUUUCAAGUAUGUUUUAAUCGUACUAUGAAUUGUUAGCGCUACUUUAAUCAGUCUUUCAUCAGAACGCAAGCUAAGCGGGUGUUUCAAUUAAAUUUGCGGUUGUCAUCGAGAAAAGUUAUAAUGUCCGAACAGAAUCGCGUUCUAUCAAUACAAAGCCAUGUUGUGCAUGGAUAUUGUGGAAACAAAUCAGCAGUUUUUCCACUGCAGCUUUUAAAUUUUGACGUAGAUGCAAUAAAUUCCGUUCAACUCUCAAAUCAUACAGGAUAUGAACACAUCAAAGGUCAGAUAUUGAGCGAAACUGAUCUUGCAGAUUUAUUCAAUGGCCUUACAGCCAACAAGUUGCAUCUUACAUAUUCCCAUCUAUUAACUGGUUAUGUAGGAAAUGAUAAGUUUCUUCGUGAAAUUAGCCGAAUCAUAAAAGAGUUGCGAGCAUCAAAUCCUAAUCUGAUUUAUGUUUGUGACCCGGUUAUGGGAGAUGCUGGGAAAAUGUACGUUCCGGAAUCUUUACUUCCAAUAUACAGAGAUGAAAUAAUUCCCUUGGCUGACCUUGCAACUCCAAAUCAAUUUGAAGUAGAAUUAUUGACAGGAAAGAAGAUAUUGAACGAGAAAGAUGCUUGGAAUGGCAUGCAAUGGUUUCAUGAUCAAGGAGUUAAACUAGUUGCACUUUCAUCCACUGAAUUCAGUGGAACCAGCACUUUGAUUGCAUUUUUAAGCUUCAAGAAACCUGACGGAACAUUUGAGAAAUAUAAGCUUUCAAUCCCAAAGAAAGCAAUACAUUUAACAGGAACCGGGGAUUUAUUUGCUGCUCUUUUACUUGCUCAUACAACUCGUAUGCCGAAUGAUCUUGGAAGAGCUUUAGAACUAACAAUUGCGUCGGUUCAAUCUGUAAUCGACGAAACCAUUAAUUCAAUGACUAAGGAAAUGCAAACUGGUCAAGUUAAAGUUACAGCACAGCAACGAGAGCUGAAAAUAAUUCAAAGCAAAAAGCAUAUCGAAUCACCGAUUGUUAAACUUCGAGCAAAUAAAGUCGACUAAAUAAAUAUUGGUUUUGAGUGAAUCAAAUUAAUUUGUUUUCGUUUCUUUGAUAAGUCUUAUCAAGCAAAUAAUCAAAUAAUAAGUGAAUAUUUGAAAAUGUUACCAGACAAGUUGUAAGAUUAAGUUUAAGAGUGGAACUUACGAUUGCUAAUUGUUGUUGCGUGUUAGACGAUAAAUUUAUAAAGAAAUUUGUGAUAACACAAAGUUCAAAACCAAUAUUACCUUAAUGUAACGAUGAACAAUAAAUUAAAGUAAAAGUACCUAAUUCUGU